AUGACCGAUACUACGAUGGAGACCUCAACAGCUGAGCAGCAAGAAGCUCAAGCUCCUCUCGAAAAUGGGUCUGACGGAAGAGCUGUUGAAGGUGAAAAGAUGGAAACUUCAAACGGUGGUAAUACAACGGCUGUAGAGAGCAGUCAAGAGAAUGCAGAUUAUGCGGAAAAUGAGGUUUAUAAAAACUUGCGAGCACAGAAUUUAAAGGCUGAUGUCGCUGUCGCCUUAAUUCAGCUUUAUGAAGCUACUGAUUUAACUCCAGAAGAUGUAGAUGACCGUGUAGUUGAGAUGCUUCGGUCCUUCCCAGUUGAUCAUGCAGUUUUUAUCGUUAAUCAGCUCAAAGAAGCAAACUUAAUAGGUGUUAUAAACAAACCACAAUUCUUGAUGUCUAUUAUGCGGAAUUUCCGUGAUAAGGUUCGUCAGUUAGGCACUCAGGUUGCUCUGUCUCAACCACUUAUAAAUGGCCCCUCGAAGGAAAAAAUAAAAGAGAUUUUGGAUCGAACGGGUUAUACUAUGGAGGUAACCACUGGACAACGCAAAUAUGGGGGACCACCUCCAGACUGGGAUGGGCCGCCAACAGGACCGGCGGGAUCGGGACAUGAAAUUUAUAUUGGGAAGAUACCAAAGGAAAUUUAUGAAGACACACUCAUCCCACUUUUCGAGGAGAUUGGAAAGAUUUGGGACCUGAGGAUUAUGAUGGACCCCCUCGCUUGUAAGAACCGCGGAUAUGCGUUCCUCACUUACUGUGACAAGGCUCAUGCUGCGGAAGCUGCGAAGAAGUUUGAUGGUUACGAAAUUGUGCCUGGAAAAAAUCUGAAAGUGAAUGUCAGCGUUGCCAACACACGACUGUUUAUUGGAAACAUUCCAAAAUCGAAGUCAAAAGAAGAAAUUCUUGAGGAAUUUAAACAACAUGCAGAGGGCGUAACUGACUGCAUCAUAUAUUCGAGUCCUGAUGGAGGUGAGAAUCGUAAGAAUCGUGGAUUCUGUUUCCUAGAUUUCUUUGACCACAAGGCGGCUUCGGAUGCAAAAAGGAAGAUCCAUGCGGGCAAGAUAAGGCCAUGGAACUCCGACCUGGUUGUGGAUUGGGCUGAACAACAAGAGGAACCUGAUGAAGAAACCAUGUCUAAAGUGAAAGUGUUGUAUGUUCGGAAUCUUAAGGAAGCUGUUACUGAAGAGCAGUUAAAGGAAAUGUUUUCUGCACAUGGUGAAGUUGAUCGGGCGAAGAAGAUUCGAGACUACGCAUUUAUACAUUUUAUGGAAAGAGAACCAGCUUUAAAAGCUAUGGAAGCUUUAAACGGCACUGUUCUGGAAGGAGUAGCUAUUGACAUAUCCCUAGCCAAGCCGCAAAGUGAUAAGAAGAAGAUGAUGAGAGGUCGUGGCCGAGGUUUCCCGGGGGCAUUCGGUGCCGGCGAUUUUGGAGCAAGGGGAGCUCGAGGAAGAGGCGGUGCUGGUUUUGGUGGACGGGGGGGUUUUGGCGGAGCCGACUACGGUUAUGGUGGGUAUGAUCCAUACGCUGGAUACGAUGAUGUUUAUGGGUACGGUGGUACUCCUGGUUAUGGAAGUUACGGUGGUUAUGACCCGUAUGGCUACACUCCAGAUCCAUAUGCGUAUGGUUAUGGAGCACCUCCAGUUGGCAUGCGCGGUGGAAGAGGUGGCGGAAUGGGAGGUGGAUUUACUGCGAGGGGAACUGCAGGACGAGGAAGGGGCAUCCGUGGUGGUGGCCGGGGUAGUCUAGCUCCUCGUGGUGCAAAAAGGCCGGGGGAUGGUGUUGGUGGUCCAGCAAUUAAGAGGGAAUUUGGUGGCGAUGACUUUUCAGCGGAUAUUAAUAUGUCAUCUUUUUAA